UUUUCGUUCAACGGUUACUGGUCAACAAAAAACGUUUGCGAUUAAAAUAAAUUUGUGGAAGUAGCGGCUCAAAUUUGUGUUGUUUUUUUCGUCUGUUGUUUUCAAAAAUAAAAUAUUUUAUUAUCCUGGGGCGCAAACGUGCACAUGAUCUACGAGUGAGGAAAAGAAAAAAAAAACGAAUCGGUGAAAAAUCAGUUUCGAAUGCAAAUACCUAUUGUUAUGGGGAUCGUGAACAAUGACUGGGGAAUUCGUCUGACGAUCGGUUAAAUAAACAAAUCAAUUUUGAAAACAACAUAAUUAAUAUAAACAAAAACUAUGGAACCGUACACAGUACAAGCCGAGUACUCAUUCCAACGCCAAAACAAUGACGAACUCCAGUUCAAGAAAGGUGAUAUUAUAACAGUCACUCAGUGCGAAGAUGGUGGUUGGUGGGAAGGUACAUUGGGCGAUAUGACCGGAUGGUUUCCGAGCAAUUAUGUGAAAGAGUAUAAAGCACCGACUGUUCCCUCAGAAACAGUUCCAGAUAUACAGGCGAAUCGGUCUGUGGUUUUGGAUGAUUUACUGGAGAGUGAAAAGGCGCAUGUGGCUGAAAUACGAGGUUUACUUGAAAAUUUUUUGGAACCACUUGCCUCUAGUCAGUUGUUAACUGGUGACGAAUAUGCUCAACUCAUGUCUAAUUUCGUUGAGGUCGUACAAACUCACGAAGAAUUAUUGACUUCAUUAGAAGACUGCAACGAUCGCGUUGGAAAAUUAUUUUUAUCGAAAGCCACGUUAAUGAAAAAUGUACACCAAGCGUAUUGUGCAGCCCAUCCGCGUGCCAUUGUAAUAUUAGACAAAUAUAAAGAUGAACUGGAAACGUUUAUGGAAGAGCGAGGAGCAGCAAAGCCAGGUCUAUUAGUGUUGACAACCGGUCUGUCGAAAGCGUUUCGUCGAUUGGAUAAAUAUUCGGCUAUGCUACAGGAACUGGAACGGCAUAUGGAAAGUGGUCAUCCGGAUCGAGGAAAUACACAACGUAGUGUAGCGGUUUAUAAAGACAUUGCUUCUGUAUGUUCAGCCACGCGGCGACAAAAAGAGUUAGAACUUCAAGUACUUACAGGACCAGUAAGAGGUUGGCAGGGACAGGAGUUGAGCACAUUAGGUGACAUAAUUCAUAUGGGUAGUGUAGCUGUUGGUCCUGAACAUCGUGAUCGAUACUUUGUUCUUUUUCCACAAACGCUUCUUAUUUUGAGUGUUAGCCAGCGAAUGAGUGCAUUUAUUUAUGAGGGUAAACUUCCAUUAACUGGCAUCACAGUAAGUCGACUGGAGGACGCGGAUUCCAUUAAAAAUGCUUUCGAAGUCAGUGGUCCAUUGAUCGAGAAAAUUGUGGCAGUGUGCCAAGGUCCAAAUGAGGCUAACAAAUGGGUUGACUUAAUAUCAGCUCAUCCUGGCGCCGUGCGUCAGCAAAAUAGUGACGACAUGAAGAGAAACACUACAUCAGCAGUCAACAUUACGCAGCCACCGUCACAGAGCCUAACAACACUCGAUAGUCGAGGAUACUGCACUCGUGCCUCUGUAUGUUACAGUCUUGGCACAAGUUCAUAUCAACUGACAUUCCCCCCUUCCAACUAUCCGUCAACAUCGCCGUACAUGAAUUUAACGGCUCACUUCAAAAAAUUAGUUAAGGACGGCCUGAUCCGUCGAAAUAUCGUCAAAAUGUUACUCUACACAGAAAGUACACGGAACACUGACCGCAGCAAAGUAAAAUUGCGACACCGAACGAGACGGAUUGAAAGAUCGGCCACGGACGGUUCGGAAAAGAGUGGCAUAUCUCGACAAGAUGCAGUCGAUCAUUCCGACGACGACGAAUUGGCAUCGUCUACCGGAUCGUCCUGCGCUUCUUCAUUCGGUUUUAUGCGCUUUCAAACCGGCAAGAAGUCAACACUAACUGCAGACACUGACUACGAAACAUUUAUCGACUACGGUGAUACGGUUGACUGUACUAAGCAAAUAUUCGAUGAGUGCCUGAAGCGACAAAAGUCAAGUGUUUCGAUAAAUCGAGAUUCGGACGGAAGUUUUGUGUUUACGGCACCGAAGAUCAAAGAGACAAUAGAAACUAGAGACUCACUGCCUAUGUAUUCGAAGCCAGUGAGGAAAGUCGUUUUGAAGACACCAUCCAGAGACAGUGUCGUUCACGUAUCUACAGCUCAUCUGAAUAUUGGCAUAAAGAAAGCCGAAGCAGAUGACGAACCUAAUUUUGAACAACGUUUCGUCGAAGCCCGGCAUAUGGCUUGUGAGGAUCUAGUCAAUUUAGAUGAUUCACUGAUCAUAAGCAAUCCUCUACAAAAACGUUUAAUUGUUGAUGAGCGUCACAGUAUGCCUACCUUGUUUGUCGGUAACAGAUUCAACAGUUCUGAUAUGACCGAGGUGUAUAUUCCAUCAUAUCAAUACAAACAAGGCAAUGCUGUGAUUAAUAAACCGGUGGAAGAAAGUCCGCCAACGUCUGCAUCAACAACAACACAUUCCAGCUCUAUAGAUCUACCAGCCAUGGUACCAGUUCCUGAUAAACUGAAUGUUGAACUUCUGUACAAUUUUCAACAAUGUGCUGGCUCUGAGACAUUAAAUCAACUAAAAAGGGACAUCAUUCGACCGCCUAGUAUGUUUGAUAACGGUGAACGAAUGAGUAUAGCCAAGGAAGCGUCGCCAUUCAACAAGCACCUGCUCAAUUCAGACAAAAAGAUAACUUCAACACGCCAAUCAGUUGAUAAAGUCGAAUCGCCCAGACGAUCCAAUUCGUUGAAGCGUUGCAUCAGCCACCAAUACCUCCGACUCAAAUAUAACUUACCGAAACCAGAUGAAUCGGAAGUAGGCAAGAAAUGUGCAUGUUGUUCCAGCUCUAGAUGUCCUAGCCCACGGUCCAGUGAUUCUGGAGUAGCUGGAAGUUGUACGAUCUCAUCCCCAGAUCCACCACAGAAUGCCACAGAACCCGAAUUUCUACACGAUGUCAGUUCCGCAUUGCGUCACUCCAAUUCCAGCCACAAUUUCGGUCGUUACGGAACGAUGUCGUUCGUCGAACAUGACCACGACAGCGGUCAAUUUGGUGACACCAGUUUAACGAAAGAUGAAAUGAACAAUCCACUGGGAUUCGAAAAUAUGUUUGAAUUAUCGUCCAGCCGCGAUACGGUUAAGCGACAGACGCGAUGUCAAAGCGCCGAACGAUCUGUGGACGUGAAUCGCUCCAAUGUCAAUGGCAAUUGUGAGGCUGUGUUUAAGACCGGACUGUAUGCGCAUUGGUGGAAAAAGGAGAAAUUGCCCAGCUCUAUGCUGAGAGAUUUGAUUGUGUCGAAACGUCGAGUUGAACACUCCCCUCGCCAAUUAGAUGGAUGGGGUUCAGAAUCAUCCUCAAGGCCUAGGAACCAGUCAACCCAACAAAGUAACAACUCCACCACCACCGCAACACAAACGCAGUCUAUCGUUCAAUCAUCAUCUCAGCUACAAUCAAUUCCAAAGUCACCAAAGCAACAAGCACCCGAAUCCAGUGCAUCCAGACAGAAUCCCGCUUUCGGUGGGGUUAAACGGAAGGAAUAACAUUAAAGACGGCUGUUGGCAAAUAACCAACUUACGGCCAGCACCACCUUUGCGCCCAUCAACAUCAAACUCGAAUUCAGCAUCCAGCGGAGCCCUGUCAAGUUAUUCACGAAAGCCACAACCGACCCACGAAGAAGAUGCGCUGGU